AUGGCCGAGGCAUUGGGGCGACCAGCUGGCCAUCGAUCUGCUUUCGACACAGCUCCACGCCCAGGCUUCGUGCAGGCUUGGGAGGAGCGCUUCCUUCGCGUGGAGCGCGUCGUGAGCCAGGUAAUUGCCUUGCAAAUGCAGGCCGAUGCGCGAAUCGAUGCCCUGGAGCUAUUUGCCUUGCAAACGCAGGAUUGGGACUUGCUGCCGGUGGUGGAUUCCAUCCAGAAGCGGUUCGAGGUCCUCAUUGAAGUGGUCGGCCACUCGCUCAGAUAG